UUGAUUAGAGUGUCAUUUUUUAAUCCUCCGAUUAUGUUCUCACUCUUUUGUGUAUGGCUGAUGUGGGACACGAGGAUGCUAGGAUUAUGUUCACAUAAGAGUUGACCUAUUUAAUACACACUAGUUACACAAAAUCCUAGUUACUAAAGCAUCCUCACCAAAGCUGUAGCGAAACAAUAAUAAAAACAAUAAUAUAGAAUUUAUCCAGAAUUUUGAGGAUUCUAGUUCUUCAAAUGCUAAAUAAGUUCAGCGGUAAACAAGUAUAAGGAGAUUUUAUCAAAAAAUAAAAAUCAUAAUUCAGAAAAGAACCCAAAGGAAUUUUACUUCAUGAAUUUUUUGGCUGCGAUUGUUUUUACAAUUGUUGUGAGCUCUUCUUAUUGUUCGAUUGCCGAUUAGUCUUAAUCACGAGGAUAUUGUUUUUGCUUGUUGUUCCAUUCCAUGUCGACGGACAUCUAAGAUACGUGGCAUGGAUACACUUAUCCGUGAUGCACAGACAACGAAACAUGAUUUUGUGUUUUAUGCUGAUAGAUUGAUUCGUUUGGUUGUUGAGCAUGGACUAGGACAUCUUCUGUUUACAGAAAAACAGGUUAUCACUCCAAUCGGAUCUGUAUGCAGUGGUGUGGAUUUCUGCAAGAGGUUAUGUGGUGUCUCUGUAAUUAGAAGGAACCAGAAUCUUAUGGAUGCUUGCUUGAAUUAACAUGGAAUGGAUAAAAGCCUUUGUCCUUGGGUGGAACUACCCGUACAUACUUAGAAGAUGGAGAUGAAGUAACUUUCUAUGGUUAUUGCCAGGGCAAUGGAUACAAAUUUGGUUUUGAAAGCUGUUCCGAAAAGAUUGUCCCGUCUCCACAGUGAAUGUAAAUGACUAUUUCUCCAGCUCAUGACAGUAAUUCUAGACUGCUUUAGUUUUUGAUCAAAAUUAGUAGU